AUGUCAAAACCUAGCUCUCCUAAUAUAUUUAAAAGAGAAUCAAUUAAUGAGUUUCCAAUAGCUAAGCACGAGUAUGCAAUUGCCAUAGCGAGUGAGGGUGAGUACUACGGAGGAAAGGCUUUCUUUAACGUGUGGGAUCCCUAUGUGUCAGAUAAUGAAUUUAGUCUAGCUCAAAUGUGGGUCGCCUCAGGCUCAACAUUUGUCAACAGCCUUGAAGUUGUUCAUGUAAUUUGUAUCCAGGUGUAUAAAGGGCUCUACAAGGACAAUCUCCCUAAGUUAUUUAUCUAUUGGACGGCUGAUACAUAUGAGACGACAGGAUGCUACAAUUUAAAAUGUCCGGGCUUUGUUCAAACUAACAAGAAAAUUCUACUUGGAGGAUCAUUUGCUAAAAUUUCUAAAUAUAAUGGAAAACAAUAUUCUUUUACCCCAAUGAUCUGGAAGGAUUCAAAGACUCAGAAUUGGUGGCUUAGGGUUGGACCUGACAUAAUUGGGUACUGGCCAUCCUCCUUGGUUCCACUCUUAAAGAAUCAUGCAAGUAUUGUUCACUUUGGUGGAGAAAUAGUGGAUACUGGGCCAAUAUGGUAUCACACUUACACUCAAAUGGGUAGUGGAAAUUUUCCCAACGAAGGUUUUGGAAGAGCUGCAUACGUUAGAACGCUACAAGUUGUGGAGGCUAACAACUACUUGACUCAAAUACCGAUUCCACAAUUUGAGGCAAGAUUCCCAAAUUGUUAUGAUAUAAAACAAGGGUUUAGCAAUGCGUGGGGCAAAUACUUUUACUAUGGUGGACCUGGCCAAAAUAGUAAAUGUACCAGAGGGAACAAAUAAUAUAGAGGUAGAAGUAUAAAUGUGAACAUUAUUUUGAAACAAAGUCUCUUUUUGGAGAUUGUGAUUGUUUAUUAAUUUAUCAUGUUCAUGAGGUUAUAAA